CCACCUUUCCUCUUCCUCCCCCCAUCAUCGCUGCCGAGCUUCACUGCACUAAAGAGAUGGCUCGUCAAGCAACUAUGAUUCUCGUGGCAACAACCAUCAUUGUGGUUUAUCAAUCAGUUUCUACCAAUGCACAAACAGGCUGCACGAGAGCGAUCAUCAGUCUCUCGCCGUGCCUAAGCUAUAUUUCCGGCAACUCAUCGACUCCGUCGGCGAGUUGUUGUUCCCAACUCGGCAUCAUCGUCAAAUCUCAACCCCUAUGCCUGUGCACAGUGCUCAACGGAGGAGGCUCUUCCAUUGGUAUUUCUAUAAAUAAGACUAGGGCACUUGCCCUUCCAGGUGCUUGUCAGAUCCAAACACCGCCUGUGAGCCAAUGCAAUGGUUCAGGAGGUCCGACAGCCUCGCCGGCGAAGUCUCCGGAGAGCCCAUCAAUACCUGCAGCUGGAGCUGCACCUUCAGCCAAUGGAUCGAAAUCAAACGGCGGAUAUACAUCGAACAACAGAUCAAAAAAAUCAGUUGUGUUCAUUAUGCUAAGUAUUGUGAUUUCUGCUUACAUCUUCCAAAGUUGAUGUUUUUCAAUUUCUGGGGGUUGGGUUUAGUAGUUUCAUUGCAUUUUGUAAUUCUUCCUGUUUUGUACAGUCUUUUGGAAGCUUUGCAUCCAUACCACU